CGUUGGAGAGUUUAUCCCCUUGUGGCCGCACGGGCGAACACCACCCUGGACUAGAGGUAGCUGCGGACUUAGCUUCUGUUCUGACCGGAGCCAUCAAACCAGCAGUCAAGAUGAGUGAUAAACCAGACUUGUCAGAAGUUGAAACAUUUGACAAAUCAAAGUUGAAGAAAACUAAUACUGAAGAAAAAAAUACUCUUCCAUCAAAAGAAACGAUCCAGCAAGAGAAAGAAUAUAAUCAAAGAUCAUAAAAUGAGGAUCUCCUUUCAAGAGCAACUUCAGCAUUGCCUGUCAGUCUUGGCUUUAGGCUUGUUUCUAUAAACCUAUGUGACAUGUAGACAUUUUAGGCAAUUCCUGAUAGGUUCUUUUACUAACUUGGCUGAAAGGUCAGCAUUUGCUACCAACCAUUAAAUUUGGUUUCCACUGCUCA